AUGCCUUUUGCAGUGCUUCCAGCUCUCGUACCCGACAUAACUCCAGUAUACGAUGUGUAUUUUGAGGCGUUUAAGGGAGAGAAGAUGUUGAACUUCCUCUUUCCUGGUGGGAUCGAUCGCCAGGCGCACAAACACGGUACAACGCUCUGGUGGCACCAUGAUCAGAACGGGUACACCAUUAAAUGCGUAGAUUCUGAAAGUGGCAAGAUUGUUGGGAUGGCCACAUGGGAGGUCUUCUGGCAGCCAGGGAAAGACAGCAGGUGGAAAAAACCUGCUGGUGCUGAGUGGCUUAAAGGCGCCAACCGCAAGAAGGCUGAAUCUGUGCUUAUCCCUUCCUGGACAAUGAGAGAGAAGCUUUUUGGCGGUCAGAAGCAUAUAUACUGCAUAUCGUUGGCUACACACCCCGAAUAUCGCCGCAAAGGAAUUGGCCGGCUCCUGUUGCAAUGGGGAGUCGAUAUUGCUGAACAACUGCAAUUGCCAAUCUACCUCGAGGCCACCGUCGCAAGCGCGCCCAUGUUCGAGUCUUGUGGCUUCGACAGGUUGAAGCAUGAGGAAAUAGUCCAUGCCGCUUCUACGACAGGCGAGACAGAGGAUCUUGUGGUGCCGUUGAUGGUGAAGAUGCCAAGCAAGGCAAACGGACUGUCAUUCAAAGAAUGGUCGGCCAAGGGAUGCCCCGAGACAUAUUAG